UUUUUUUUUUUCAAUAAUCCCGGAACUGGCAUUAUUUGGCUGUUUGUUUUAGGAGUAAACAGGCUUUUUCUGAUAUGGUCCUCUGGGGGAGGGGUUUUUGUGACAGGGCAUGGAAAGGAGGCAUAAGUCAGUUUUUAGAUUUGCGCGGCCCUUUUUCCUGUUCUACACAUCUAUUUGUUGUUGCUUUUUUUUUUUUUUUUUUUUUUUUUUUUUUUUCCUCGGUUGCGCCGUCUCUUCGGCGAAAAGGGGGCCGCAUUCAAAAUACAUACCCGGUCUACAUGUUACAGGCGUUUCGUGUGUUAUUCUACCUCUUACCUUUUUGGCGGGGCGAGACCAGGCCAGGCGAGACGAGGCGAGAAAUUGAUUAUCAUUUUUUUUGCAUCAUAGCUAAGAAAUGCAGGAUAGCUUUCUUUCCUUCGAGGCUUCGCGAUUCUGGAGAGCCAAAGCUAGCUUCGGUGUGUGGGGGGAUUAGUUGUUAUCAUGCAAAGAGAGGAAGAUUUUUUUUUAUUUUAUUUUUUUGUUACGCCUCGGGGCGUGUAUGUCAGUGUGUGGGCGGGCGGAUGACGAUUGGUUUUGCGAUGAUAAUGGGACGGCCAUAGUCUACUACUCAGGAAAAAGAUAGCUCGCCGCAAGGUUUGGUCACACGCAAGAAUAACUUAGCAUAUUUUUAUCGCCUUCUCGGCGUGGCGGGUCGCAGGCGAACGCAUACGGUCCGCAGGAGACCCGACACGUCUAAUAGAUUUUGCGCUAUGAAAUACAUUUUGAUACCUAACCUGA